AUGUGGACCAUUAAUAACUUCAGUUUUUGUCGAGAAGAAAUGAGUGAAGUGUUAAAAAGUUCUACGUUUUCGUCUGGCCCAAAUGACAAAAUGAAAUGCAUUUCCAGCACUGCUUGCAGAAGAGGAGGAAGCGUUGCACUGGCCUACCUAAAGAACUGCCUCCUCCCCAUCCCCUGCAAGUGGUGCUGUAGACAGGUGAGCGUGGUCCAAGAUUCAGUAAAUAUAUCAGGACAUACUAAUACAAAUACUUUGAAGGUACCUGAAUGUCGACUAGCAGAAGAUUUAGGUAAUCUCUGGGAAAACACAAGAUUUACAGAUUGCAGGUUUUUUGUGAGAGGACAAGAAUUUAAAGCUCAUAAAUCUGUGCUUGCAGCACGUUCCCCAGUUUUUAAUGCAAUGUUUGAACAUGAAAUGGAAGAAAGCAAAAAGAAUCAAGUGGAAAUAAAUGAUGUAGACCCUGAGGUUUUUAAAGAAAUGAUGAGAUUCAUUUAUAAAGGGAAAGCACCAAACCUGGACAAAAUGGCUGACAACUUGUUGGCAGUUGCAGACAAAUAUGCACUGGAACGGCUGAAGGUGAUGUGUGAAGACGCUUUGUGUAGUAACCUCACAGUAGAAAAUGUUGCUGAUACCCUUGUCCUUGCAGAUUUGCACAGCGCAGAGCAGUUGAAAGCCCAAGCCAUAGACUUUAUUAAUAGGUGCAGUGUACUUCGACAACUUGGGUGUAAAGAUGGGAAAAACUGGAACAGCAACCAAGCAGCAGACAUAAUGGAAACAUCAGGGUGGAAGUCCAUGAUUCAGUCUCACCCUCAUUUAGUAGCAGAAGCCUUCCAAGCACUAGCAUCUGCACAGUGUCCACAGUUUGGCAUUCCACGCAAACGGCUAAAACAGUCCUGAAAUCUUCCAUGAACUGUAAAACAAUGGAAUUGACUUUGACUUCUCCAGGUCCAAAAGGGUUCUAAUACACAAACCAUAAGCAAGAGUUGUUUCUGUUAUCUUGUCCACAGAACAGAAGCUGAAAAAGCAUAUUGCUUGCUUUUCAGGUGGAUAAUUUAUGGUUUAUUCUUCAGCUUUAAAUUAGACUGAUUAUACUCUAAUUCACUUCAAGGCCUUAAAUUAUCUUCAGUGACUUCUCUUGUUCAUAUAAUACUUUAAUUUUUUUUUAUUGUGCCUUGUCAUUUUGAUCAAGGCUAUGCAGGAUUGCACUAGCUCCAUAAUGCAGUAAUAUGGAUAACUGAAGAUAUUAAGUUUCAAAAGGAUCUUCCAUUAUUUUGAGAAAAACAAAAUGAGUUUUAUAAG